AUGAUCCAACAUAGGCCAUACACACAAAAGGUCGAUGUGUACGGCUUUGGAAUUGUUCUGUGGGAACUCAUAAUUGGCAUGCUUCCCUUCCAAAAUAUGAUAGCAGUGCAGGCAACAUUUGCCAUUGUGAACAAAGGUGGCAGGCCUAUUAUCCCUAAUGACUGUCUUCCUGCACUAAGGGAGAUCAAGACACACUAUUGGAAUGCCAACCCCAAGGUUUGUCCUUCAUUCACUGAGGUUGUUAGGAUGCUUGAGAAUGCAGAGAUGGAGAUCAUGACUACCAUCUGCAAGUCCCGUUUUAGGUGUUGCAAGACACAACCAAUGACAGUUGACUAA